AUGUUCAAAUUAGCCCUUUUCGUCCUUUGCAGCCUACUGGUAGUCGCCACGGCCCAGUACUGGGAUGGUGAAUAUAAGGAUCAUUACUCGUAUCCCAAAUAUAAGUACGAGUACGGUGUGAAGGAUUAUCACACGGGUGACCACAAGAGCCAAUGGGAGCACCGGGAUGGCGAUGUGGUCAAGGGAGGAUACACCCUGGAUGAAGCCGACGGUACCAAGCGAGUCGUGGAGUACCACUCGGACAAACAUCACGGUUUACAGGCGCACGUGAAACGCAUCGGUCAUGCCCACCAUCCCCAGAUUUACGGUCACUACGGAGGUCACUACGAAGGACACGGAUACGGUUCCGGUUACAGCUACAACAAUUUGGAUCAACAUUUUUGAAUAGCAACGAAAACGACUGACGAGAAUUAGAAUUAUAGGAUAUUUCAGAAUAAAACUAGCCAAUC